GUGGAUCCACGGAAGGGUCGUUCAGGCGCUCUCUGUUGAAGUAAAUAUUUCCGUGCUGGCGGAGGGUUCAGCGUUGCGCAUUAAAUAACUGCAUUGUUGAAAAAGUUCCGUUUUAGGGGGAAAAAAAAAAUAUAUAUAUAGACAGAAAUAUAAGCGUGCAGUAAGGAAGCAAUGGCGGCUGCGGGCGUGUCCGGAGCAGCGAGCGUCGGCGAUGUGGAAGAGGACGCGUCUCAGCUCCUUUUCCCGAAAGAGUUCGAGAACGCCGAGACGCUGCUCAACUCGGAGGUGCACAUGCUGCUCGAGCACCGCAAGCAGCAGAACGAGAGCGCCGAGGACGAGCAGGAGCUUUCCGAGGUUUUCAUGAAGACCCUCAACUACACGGCGCGCUUCAGCCGCUUCAAGAACCGGGAGACCAUUGCGAGUGUGCGCAGUCUGCUCCUGCAGAAGAAGCUGCACAAGUUCGAACUGGCCAGUCUGGCGAACCUGUGUCCGGAAGCUGCAGAGGAGGCCAAGGCCCUCAUUCCCAGCUUGGAGGGUCGCUUUGAGGAUGAGGAGCUGCAGCAGAUUCUAGAUGACAUUCAGACAAAGAGAAGUUUCCAGUACUGAGAUGUGGACAUGGACCUCGGCACCAAGGACGCACUGCUCCUCUCACUUUAUUCUACUUCUGCUGAAGUUGUCAGCUUUUUCUGCUGCUCACACUGACCAACAGACUCGGGGACAUUAAACAGGUGUUUGGCUAACAGGUUCACUGGUAUAAUAAUUGAUAACAUUAAUCUCUCCUUACUGGGUUCCACUUGAAAAACAAGCAGCAAAAUAACUUUAGCCUCUUUCUAAUUGAUGGGCCUGUGUUCACACUGGAUGGGUGCAGCAUUCUUCUUUAUCAACGUUCCCAGAGUGACAGCGUGGUGAUCAGUGUCCCCGGCGACCGCAGAACUGUAUACACAGGGAGA